AUGCAGUUCACGCCCCUCAUCGCUCUACUACGACACAUCGUCGGAUUGCAGCCAAGGUUGUUCUCGUCAAGGAUGUGCUUGCUUCGCGGUGAAUUUCGAAAGGGCGAACAGGCAACACUUUGCUUUGCCUUCAUCACCCUCCGCAUGGCCUUGGAGCAGCAGGGCGACUUUUCAAAACCGGAAUGGCUAUGUAUGGACGGCAACAUGCCUGUUUUGAUCUGGGAGCACCGCUGGUGUGCGCAAACUGGUCAGUCUGGCUGCGGCGCAUGGCUUCGUCAGCACCUGCUGUCCAGGCAAGGAAGUCCCUCGAAGAGUCUAAGAACUCUUUUCUAG